GAAUUACUCGAAGGAGUUAUAUAUCAUUGAGGUCUCGCCAUUCGACCCACGCUGGCUUCUCGGAAUCCGCUCAACAUGGAAGUGUUCCGAAGUGCGAUACUGCAACCAGGCCCGCCUGAAACCUUUGCGUUACAGACGGUUCAGCAAGUUAUAAAGCCUCAGAAAGGGACGAAGCUGGUGCAAGAUGAGAAUCAACUGUUGGAAAAUAUCCUCCGGACAUUGCUGCAGGAACUGGUGUCCUCUGCAGUGCAGUCCGGGGAGCAGAUAAUGCAGUAUGGCCAAUCAAUUGAUGAUGGAGAAGCUACAAGAGGACAUAUUCCACGUCUUCUAGAUGUUGUGUUGUAUCUUUGUGAGAACGAGCACGUGGAAGGUGGCAUGAUAUUUCAGCUAUUGGAAGACUUGACAGAGAUGUCUACUAUGAGAAACUGCAAAGACGUUUUCGGUUAUAUAGAGAGUAAGCAAGAUAUAUUAGGAAAGCAAGAGCUUUUUGCGAGAGGAAAACUUGUCAUGUUGAGAACAUGCAAUCAACUCCUUCGUCGUCUAUCAAAGGCAAAUGAUGUGGUUUUUUGCGGACGAAUUCUAAUGUUUCUAGCACACUUUUUCCCGUUGUCUGAGCGAUCAGCUGUGAAUAUCAAAGGAGUCUUUAACACAUCGAAUGAAACAAAAUAUGAGAAAGAUGCCCCUGAUGGAAUUUCCAUCGAUUUCAACUUUUACAAGACCUUCUGGAGCUUACAGGAAUACUUUUGUAACCCUGCUCCCUUAACUGUUGCUCCUACCAAGUGGCAGAAAUUUACAUCCAGUUUAAAGGUUGUCUUAAAUACCUUUGAAGCUCAACCAUUAAGUGAUGAAGAGGGAGAAGCCAAUAAUUUGGAGGAGUCAGCAAAUUUCAGCAUAAAGUAUCUUACAAGCAGUAAGCUGAUGGGUCUGGAGUUAAAGGAUCCGAGUUUCCGACGACACAUACUCGUGCAGUGCCUCAUAUUGUUUGAUUAUCUGAAGGCCCCAGGAAAAAGUGAAAAAGAUUUGCCUUCUGAAAGCAUGAAAGAAGAAAUAAAUUCUUAUGAGGAGCAUGUGAAGAAACUGCUUGAGAUGACUCCACCAAAGGGGGAAAGUUUUCUUCAUAAAAUUGAACAUAUAUUAGAACGUGAAAAGAAUUGGGUAUGGUGGAAACGAGAUGGUUGCCCCCCAUUUGAGAAGCAGCCGAUUGAAAAGAAAACUGUUCAAGAUGGAGCCAAAAAGCGGAAGCCGAGGUGGAGAUUGGGAAAUAAAGAACUCUCACAGUUGUGGAAGUGGGCAGACCAGAAUCCGAAUGCUUUAACUGAUACUCAACGUCUUCGGACCCCUUCCAUCACUGAGUACUGGAAACCCUUGGCUGAGGACAUGGAUCCAGCAGCUGGAAUAGAAGCUGAAUAUCACCACAAAAAUAACCGAGUUUACUGCUGGAAAGGUCUUCGAUUUUCAGCUAGACAAGACUUAGAAGGGUUUUCUAAAUUUACAGAAUUUGGUAUUGAAGGAGUGGUACCUCUAGAACUUCUGCCCCCUGAAGAACGUGCUAAAUACGCUCCUAAAACAAAUGAGAAGUCCAAACGUGCUAAAAAGGAAGAUGCAAAGGCUGCUGUGCAUCAUGUAGAAGAAAAUCAGGUGGCAACAGCUGCAACUGAUGUAGAUGGUGAAGUACUGAGAACUGAUGUUGGGGCCCUCGUGGCUCCAUUGGACACUGAUAACACCAUGGUUUGCAAUACAUCCCAAGGUAACAGUCCAAUGGCAGAUGAACAUCAGAAGCAAAGUUCUGAUACUGAUGGUGGUCAAGAGGCAGGGCAGUUGGAAGACGAUGCCGAGGUAGAUGCCGAGGGGGAUGCUGGGAUGAUUGAUGGAGAGAUUGAACCGGAGGUUGAUUUAGAUCCAGCUAGCUGACAGAUCUACUGGAUGCUGUUUCUCUGUGGAGCGCCCCGUUCAAAAGGCUUUGCAAAUGCCAGGGCAGCAGUAUGCAAUUGAACAUAGAUGUCAUAUCUUAACAUAUUUGACAAUAUUAGGAUAGCAAUGGAUCCAUGAGAUUUUGUAGUUCGAUUUGUCUAGUGUCAAUUCAUGUAAUUCAUAAUGUGCCCAAAUAUCUGCAACUGUUGGUACAUUUAAUUUUAUCUCUGCGUUUGAUAAUUUUCAGUUCACAUAGUUUUAACCAAGCAAUCUGUCUGGUUAGAAGUUCAGCUUAUUUAAGUUCAGUCCACAUAAUUUUCAGGUCACCAUUUAAUUCCUUUUAAUUUUAU